ACUAAAAAUAGAGCAUUCAAUCAGUUUUCACAUUUUCUCAACUCAAGCCGAAUAAAUCAACAUCUGGAAAAUCAUUUAAUUUCAAGCUUUACUUUCAAGUCGAGCCCCAUUUCUGCAGGAUGUUUCGGAACCAGUACGACAACGAUACGACGGUGUGGAGCCCACAGGGUCGCCUCUUCCAGGUGGAGUACGCCAUGGAGGCGGUGAAGCAAGGAGCGGCCACCGUGGGCCUGAAGAGCGCCGACUUUGCGGUGCUCAUCGCCCUGUGCCGCAACACCAAGGACGCGGACACGCUCCAGAGGAAGAUCAUGCCGGUGGACUCGCACGUGGGCAUGUCCAUAGCCGGACUGACGGCAGAUGCCCGCCAGGUGUGCCAGUACAUGCGGACGGAGUGCAUGGCCUAUCGGCACUCCUACGACUCGGAGUUUCCGGUCCGCCGCUUGGUGGCCAAUCUGGGCAACAAGAUGCAGGCCACCACCCAGCGAUACGACCGUCGGCCCUACGGAGUGGGCAUGCUGGUGGCCGGCUACGAUGAGCAGGGACCCCACAUCUACCAGGUAAUGCCGACGGCCAAUGUCUUCAGCUGCAAGGCCAUGGCCAUUGGCUCCCGUUCGCAGAGUGCUCGCACCUACUUGGAGCGCCACAUGGAGAGUUUCGAGGGCUGCGGCAGGGAUGAGCUGAUUUGUCACGGAAUCCAGGCCAUUCGGGGAUCUUUGGGCCACGGGGAUACCGAAAACCUCACCAUCAAUGUGGCCAUCGUGGGCAAGGGUGAGCCCUUCAAAAUAUUUACCGAUGCCGAGAACCAGACCUAUCUGAACAUGGUCAAGGAGCUGGAGCCGCCUUUGUUGGGGGAGCAGGAUGCUCUCUCCGAGAACGGGAUGAGCGACGAUGACUUGAUGGGCCAGGGACCCAGUGGCAGUGGUGUUCCGGCCAAUGAUGAUACUGAUGCUGACACCCACGCCUCCACAGGCGGUCAUUGAUUGGGAAAGAAACCAUGAGGAGUAUACAUACAAAAUUUGUUGUUUCGUUAAAUAUGUUAUUAAAGUUGUCUGGGCAUUAUUAA